GAACCGGAAUUCAACAGGCGCGAGGCAGCAAGCAGGAGACAGGUCUACGGGGGCUCAGAGGGAACACUCUUCUAGAAAAAGUAACAUCCUUGCAACCUACCAUUAGCGGGAUUCGCUAUUUAACGGCGGCGCAUUGCCAUUGGACGCAAGGAGGGGUUGGACUUGAACCCCCUCACCCCCACCCUCCUCCCAUCAGCACCGACUUGUUACUGGAGGAGAGCGAGCGCGCGCGGACACACAGUCGCUCCUCGUUGCGCGCUGGUGAUGGAUCAGGACGCAGCGCUUCUCCCCGUCUGCCGCGGACGCGCUGCGCUCUGGGGCGCAUAAGGAAAAACCUCCAGGUGUCCAAAUGAACCGCCGCCCUCCCGGCUCCUCUGGCGUGCAAUGGCUUAACAGGAGAGACAUGAAACUCCGCACGGAGGACUUCACCGCGGAGCAGUGCCUGGAGGCCAUCGAGAUCGUUUGGGAACUUUGCCGGGCGGAACACGUCAACCGGGACAAAUGCAGGGACGUGUUUCCUCUGGGGAGCAGCAUUCCAGGUAGAGGACACGCAGUAGACAUCUCGAUCAGUCUCCUUGCUGUGGUGGUGGGUUUCUGUGGCCUCGCCCUGUUGGCAGUGUCUCUCUUUGUCUUUUGGAAGCUGUGUUGGCCCAUUUGGAGGAGCAAAGCUCUGCCGGCCCACUGCGAGAAUGGCCUGCGCGUGGGCUUCGAGGUGCCUGCCACCAGAUCCCCUCCCAUCACUGAGUAUAAAGCGGCGGAGCUGGAGAAGAAGAAGCCGCUGGAGGUGAAAGUGAACGGGCGGAGCUCGGUGAAGAUUCUGGAGGCGGCCAUGAAGAUCAGCCAGACUUCUCCAGACAUCCCCGCUGAGGUGCAAACAGCCCUGAGGGAGAAGAUCAGCCCUCCGCCUCCAAAAAUCCAGAGGCAGACCACGGAGCCAACGUCCUCCUCCAGGCACAAUUCAUUCCGGCGCCACUUGCCUCGUCAGAAAAAUGUCACAAGUGUCGACUUCAGCAUGGACGUCGUGCCUCUGCGCCAGUCCUCCACGGUGAGCAUCGGAAGAAUCAAACCAGAACUCUACAAGCAGAAGUCUGUGGAUUCUGAGGACGAGUCCAGAGGGCCCGUCGAGACUUGUGGAAAGCUCAGCUUCUCCCUGCGUUACGACUACGAGGAGCAAGCUCUGGUGGUGAAAAUCCUUAAAGCUUUAGACCUUCCAGCUAAAGACUUCACCGGCACCUCCGAUCCGUACGUGAAGAUCUACCUGCUGCCUGAGCGCAAGAAAAAGUUCCAGACACGAGUUCACCGCAAGAAUCUGAACCCCACGUUUGAUGAAACCUUCAGUUUUCCCGUGGCCUACGAUGAGCUCUGCAAUCGAAAGCUGCACUUCAGCGUCUACGACUUCGACAGAUUCACCAGCCAUGAUAUGAUUGGUGAGGUGGUGGUCGACAACCUCUUUGAACUCUCUGAUCUUUCAAGAGAAGCAGUUGUGUGGAAGGAUAUUCAUGCAGCAACGACGGAGAGCGUGGACUUGGGGGAGAUCAUGUACUCGCUGUGCUACCUCCCCACAGCAGGGAGGAUGACCCUGACUGUCAUCAAAUGCAGAAACCUCAAAGCCAUGGACAUCACAGGCUCCUCAGAUCCGUACGUCAAAGUUUACCUGGUGUGCGAUGGGCGGAGACUGAAGAAGCGGAAAACGACCACUAAGAAGAGCACUCUUAAUCCCGUCUUUAACGAGGCCAUAAUCUUUGACAUUCCUCCGGAGAACGUGGAACAAGUCAGUCUGUCCAUCAUGGUGAUGGAUUAUGACCGAGUUGGACACAAUGAGGUGAUCGGCGUGUGUCGAGCCGGGCCAGACGCAGUGGGCCUUGGACGGGAUCACUGGAACGAAAUGUUGGCCUACCCGCGUAAACCCAUCACACACUGGCACGCUCUGGGGGAGUGGCCUGGAAGAGCAGCAAGUUUUGAAAGUCAAGGUUCGUGUUCUUCUCCCAAACCUCCAAAGACUCCCUGACAAAGGCUGAUCAAGUCACAGCAUCACUGUAAGAAACCACACAUUUGCUGCUGAGGGAGCUGUGGCGUCGAACAGUCUCCAGAGCAUGUUAUGUGGAAACCGGUUUCCUUCUGAUCGGUUUCCUUUUAGGUCCUGGGGAAAUGUAAUUUAGUCGUUUGAAUGCAAGUUCUCCAAAUGCUCUUCAGAGCGGGCUAUGCACAGCACAUCAACAGUCUGAUGAGGUUCUAUUAGCCAAACAUCCACAUAGAUGUCAUGAAUGACGCGCCUCAAUUUAAGUCGUCCUCCACGAUUCAUUUGAAACCAUCUCAAGUUGCUUUUGCCCUAAUAGCUCUUUAGUAUCUAAAUGUGACAAAAAUUAAACGGCUGUGCUGUAAGAUUCCAUAUUAAACAGAUCAAACAAGUCAACAUCUGGCUUUUAGUUGACAACUGAGGACUGAGUAAAUCUUAGAAAAAGCAUCAGUAGGAAACAUGCCGCGAAGAACGCUCAGAGCAACAGUAGCAGACACGUGUAGUAACCAAACAGAGAGGUGUUUUAGCCUGACUGAAACCUAAAUGUGGAAAAUCCAGUAUUAGUUUGUACACAGAACUUUCAGUCAAUAAAAAAAACUAAUAGUCAAUUCUGCUUCUAGAAAUUUGGCUUCAGUUUUAGAGCAGGUGUCCUUCCUUAACCCCAAUGGGCUCAUGAAACCACUAGAAAGUGAUCCAUAUGGUUGGUGUGAUUUACAGCACCUGAUGAUCCCAGGUGGAUUCCCAUUCAAGAACAGGAGUAUCAACACUGCUUAAGCCUUAGUCACAAAAACUGCCCCUACAGGUGGAUAUGGGGUGUAUGCGGGCAAAAAAAAAUGGGCAAACCUGUCCCAGGAACCCAGGUGGCCAGUAUAAAAACUACUAGUCGUAGUGGACACUUCUACAGGGUGAAGUAGACAAGAACCAGGCGAAGGGUACAGAUUUUUAAUUCUUUCAACCCCUCAAAUUCCUUCCGACUGCUCAAGGAGCCCAUCGGUGUGUUCAGCCUGACUGUUAGAAAUAAGUUAGACAAUCAGAGGGUAGUUUUCGGGGUGUCCUAAUGCUUCACGUGUACAACCCAAUGCGUGAGACAUUUGCAGCGCCUUACUAAAAACUAUCCUUAUUGGAUAAACUCACCUGAUCCAGGUAAUCAGGAGCAGAUAAGGCGAAGUCUCAAGAAAACCUGCUGGUCCUCUAGGCCUGGAUUUGGACACCCCUGGACUAGAGUGUGGCAUCAGACCAACGGAUGAUAGUAUCACCCAACAGAAACUUAUGUUAGCCUUAAAAAUACUUCAUGAUACAGUUACUACACGUAUGACAUUUUCCAAAUGUUUGGCAAUUUAAAAGCAACUUGUUAAAUUCCUGAAAUUAUAGUCUAAAAGCGUCAUUGUGCUGCCCCCUACAGAUUGAAACGAGACAGUAAAGUUGAAUUUCAUGAUUCAUCAACUGUUUUAAGGCAUUUUAGAAGUGUCACGUCAUGCUAUGCAGCUCCUGAAUAAAAGCCCCACCCAUCGGUCACAGUGGCAAUGUCCGAUUUCCCUAACUACUAAAAAAAUUAUAAGUGUAGAACCAUCUAGUGCCCUGGAUUUUAGAAGAAAUUCAGACACCAUGCUCACUACUUUUUUUUUUUUUUUAAACGUAAAGUAUGACAUCACGGAUUCAUCACUGAUCACGUUAUGACAUCCAUUAAAAAUUCAAUUUAAACAUGUUUUUUCGCAAAAAUUGAUUAAACGCAAUGCAUUGUGGUCUAUAUUUGCCAAUUUAGUGAGCGUUGAUGCACCCUGGAUUGUCGCAGAGACUUCUGCGAUUUGGGAAUCGUAGUUUCGGACAGCUCUACUCUAGUGAACGCUCUCUAUGGUGCACUCUGUAGUGAAGGAAUUUGGACAUUGCUAGUUACUUGUAAUUCCCCAGCCCCGCCCCUUUAGCUAUUAGUAUUUAGUAGGGGUGUUUAUUGGCAAGAGUCUGGCGAUACGAUAAAUAUUCCAAUACAAUAAGUAUCAUGAUAUAUUCCAAGACUGAACCAGAAUGAUUUUUCACUCAUUUUAUUCCAAAGAAGCAUUUCCGUCGCAGUUUUGCAAAAAAUUUGACAAUUUUGAUACGUCUCAAAAACCACCUCACCCGAGAACAGAAACUUUUAUUUUUGAUAAAUGCAAGUUUUUUCUAAAUUUUUGUGUUUCUACAAGGCAAAUUUAUCAUCGCAAAUCCAAUUUGCGCAAUUUCAUAGUCAAUG